ACGCUGUUUCCUUCGCCGAUCACUCACUCACUACAACACUCCACAUGGCCACUUUUCUAACGCUCCUCUUUCUCAUCUCCGCCGCCGCCGCCGCCUCCGGCAGCCGCACCUUCGCCGAAGACUUCCUCCGAUUGCCCUCCCAAUCCGACAACGACGACAACGACCAGGGCACUCGCUGGGCCAUCCUCCUCGCCGGCUCCAACGGCUACUGGAACUACAGGCACCAGGCUGAUGUUUGCCAUGCCUAUCAAAUACUGAGGAAAGGUGGCCUGAAAGAAGAAAACAUUAUUGUUUUUAUGUAUGAUGACAUUGCAUACAAUGAGGAAAACCCAAGGCAAGGAGUCAUCAUUAACAAACCAGAUGGAGAUGAUGUUUAUGAAGGAGUUCCAAAGGAUUACACCGGUGAAGAUGUUACUGCUAAUAACUUCUAUGCUGCUUUACUUGGAAAUAAGUCAGCACUUACUGGUGGCAGUGGAAAGGUUGUGGACAGUGGCCCUGAUGAUCAUAUAUUUGUAUACUAUACUGAUCAUGGAGGUCCAGGGGUGCUCGGGAUGCCUGCUGGUCCUUACAUAUAUGCAUCUGAUCUGAUCGAAGUCUUGAAGAAAAAGUUUGAUGCUGGAACGUAUAAAAACCUAGUAUUUUAUCUGGAGGCAUGUGAAUCUGGAAGUAUCUUUGAAGGUCUUCUUCCUGAAGAUAUCAAUAUUUAUGCAACAACAGCUUCAAAUGCAGAAGAAAGUAGUUGGGGAACAUAUUGCCCCGGGGAGUAUCCUAGUCCUCCCCCAGAAUAUACAACCUGCUUGGGUGACCUGUACAGUGUUGCUUGGAUGGAAGACAGUGACAGACACAAUUUGAGAACUGAAACUUUGCACCAACAAUAUAAAUUGGUUAAAGAUAGAACUUUAUAUGGAGAUGCAUACUAUGGCUCUCACGUGAUGCAGUAUGGUGAUGUCGGGUUCAGCAACGAUAUUCUCUUCCUAUAUAUGGGUACCAAUCCUGCUAAUGAUAAUUUAACUUUCGUGGAUGAAAACACCUUAAGGUCACGGUCACCUCCUUCAAAAGCAGUCAACCAACGGGAUGCUGAUCUUGUCCAUUUUUGGGAGAAGUUUCGCAAAUCUCCUGAGGGAUCUCCCAGGAAAAAUGCAGCUCAGAAACAAGUUCUGGAAGCAAUGUCUCAUAGAAUGCAUGUAGACAAGAGUGUGAAACUUAUUGGGAAGCUAUUGUUUGGCAUUGAGAAGGGUCCAGAAUUACUCAACGCUGUUAGACCAGCUGGAUUGGCACUUGUUGAUGACUGGGACUGCCUGAAAACCAUGGUAAGGACUUUUGAGACACAUUGUGGAUCCUUGUCUCAGUAUGGGAUGAAACAUAUGAGAUCCUUUGCAAACAUCUGCAACGCAGGAGUAAAGAAUGAGCAAAUGGCUGAGGCCUCGGCACAAGCAUGUGACCGUUUUCCUGCCAAUCCCUGGAGUUCUCUGCAAAGGGGUUUCAGUGCAUAAUUCCUCUAAUAUGCACUAGCAAAGAUCAAAGUAUGAUGAUUGUUACAUUGUGUUAUAUGGUUGUAUAUACAUAUUUUGUCCCUACUCUGUAAAUACAAUUGGGACACUACUAGGAUUGGGAAAGGGUCUUUACAUUUUAGUUUGGCAAUAGUGCAAGUACCUUUAUAUAAAUCCAUUUCUGAGGUUGUCACUGCAAAGAAAGGAAAUUACAAGGGAUCAUAAAGGAUCAAUUGCUUUGGAAUGUCCACUCAUGACAAACAAGGCACAAAGUCAUGCAUGUAUGCCAACGCAAUAGUAUAUCAAUGUGUCUUUAUUUAGUAGGCAACUUGCAUAUCGGAUUUUCCCUUGUCACUUUGCAUCAGCAAUGACAACCUUUUGUACAAUUAUUUUAUAAGAAUUUAUCAUGUCAAAAUUAUUGUUUAAUAUUAAUGUUGGCUUGUAUUUAUUUUUGUGAAA